AUGGUUUACAAAUUUUGUGGAACACAGGUCAUUUAUGCUAUCCAAAUUAACAGGAAAACAUACACUCUCCAUCUUAAAAAACAGUUAUUUUUAGACCCUCAUUUCCUGGUAUAUACAUACGAGUCAGGAACAUUGUAUCCAGAUUCUUCAUUUAAAAAGAGGCAUUGCUUUUACCAAGGAUAUGCUGCAGAGAUUCCAAAUUCAGUCGUGACACUAAGCACCUGUUCUGGACUCAGGGGAUUAUUGCAGUUGGUGAAUGUCAGUUACGGAAUUGAACCAUUGGAAUCCACAGCUAUGUUUGAGCAUAUGCUUUAUCAAAUAAAGAAUAAUAAAGCUGAUUUUCUCCCCUUACAAGACAAUUAUCCUAAAAUCCAAUUGGGAGAUCAGGCCUACAGGAUUCUUGUGAAGUCAGAAAAAAAAUUGGAUGCUGCACUAUUAACAAGAACUCUGAAAAUACAAAUCAUUAUGGAAAAAGCCUUGUAUGAUUAUAUGGGCUCUGAAGUGGCUGUUGCAACCGAGAAAAUUGUCUAUAUCUUUGGUCUUAUCAACACUAUGUUUUCCCAGCUGAAACUGACUGUUAUGUUAACAUCUUUGGAGAUCUGGUCAGAUCAAAAUAAGAUUUUAUGUACUGGGGAUGCUAAUGAACUACUACAAAGAUUUGUGUCAUGGAAAGGAAGAAAUUUGUUUCAUAGGUCCCACGAUAUGGCAUUCUUGUUGAUUUAUAGGGAUUAUCCAAAUUAUGUGGGAGCAACAUAUCAUGGAAGGGCAUGCGAUCCAAAGCUUGCUGCAGGAAUUGCUCUGUAUCCAAAGAGAAUAUCUUUAGAGGCAUUUUCAGUUGUUAUGGCACAGCUGCUUGGAGUUAAUCUGGGAUUAAGAUAUGAUGACAUCUAUAAUUGUUACUGUCCAGGAGCUGCAUGCAUUAUGAAUCCUCAAGCAAUACGUUCCUGUGGUGUAAAGCUGUUCAGCAGUUGCAGCGUAGAUGAAUUUAAACGUGUAGUUUCACAGCCUGAAUUUGAAUGUCUUCAAAAUCAAACCAUUUCAAAAGUGGUUGUCCAAGGAAGAGCAUCAGAAUGUGGCAAUGGAAUUGUGGAAAAGGGAGAGCAAUGUGAUUGUGGCCCUCCAGAGGAAUGUGAUUUUAAAAAAUGCUGUAAUGCUGAAACUUGUACAUUCAUUCCAUCUGCAGAAUGUGGCAAUGGACCAUGCUGUGACAAUAAAACUUGUCUGUUUUGCCUUUCUGGAAAGUGCACGUUUGCUGCUAAUCACAAAAACCUUGCAUCCUGUAAUGCUUCAAAACUGUGCAAUGGACAUGGCGUUUGCAAUACUAAGUUUAAUUGCCAAUGUGAUAUCGGAUAUUCUCCUCCAAAAUGUGUGCGAACACUGUCAUCACCAGGAGGAAGUAUCGAUGAUGGGUAUUGGAUUUUGCCUGAGGGUUGGUAUCUUGAUCAGUGUGCUCCAACAGAACUUUCUGCACUUACAGUAAUGUUCUACAUCUCCACCAUUGAUGUGGCUAUUGAUCACCUGGCAUGUGGAUAG